CCACACCCAUCCUCGUUACUCCUGACCCUGCAUGUCAGUUCGUGGUGGAGGUGGAUGCAUUUGAGGUUGAUGUCGGAGCAGUUUUGUCGCAGCGCUCUCCCUCGGACAGAAAGAUGCAUCCGUGUGCAUUUUUCACAUCGCUUAACACCAGCUGAACGGAAUUACGACGUUGGCAACCGAGAAUUAUUGGCAGUCCGGUUGGCCUUGGGCGAGUGGUGUCAUUGGUUAGAGGGUUCUAGAACCUCGAAUAUAUUCGUGGUGCCAAACGCCUCAACUCUAGACAGGCUCGCUGGGCACUUUUUUUUCACGCAAUUCAAUUUCGUCCUGUCCUAUCACCCAGGCACUAAAAACAUCAAGCCCAACUCGCUAUCUCGAUGUUUUGAGGUCGAGACCUCCACCGCCCCACCAGAUACCAUUCUACCCGCCACUCGCAUGGUGGGAAUGGUGUCCUGGGAGGUGGAGGCUAAAGUCCGUGCUGCGCUACAAAACACCGCGCCCCCAGCGGGCCGGUUAUUUUUUCCGCGAUCUGCCCAGAUGCACGUCCUACAAUGGGGUCACUCAUCCAACAUUGCUUGUCAUCCAGGGGCAACUCGCAUCCAGACGCUCAUUAGACAGCGAUUCUGGUGGCCAUCACUAGCGCAAAAUGUCGAUUCGUAGCCACUUUCCCCAUUUGUGCGACUAAUAAGACAUCCUGUGAACCCCCAGCUGGGCUCCUCCAGCUGCUGCCUGUCCCUUCAAGACCCUGAUCGCACAUAGCCAUGGAUUUCAAACCUGGUCUCCCCCCCUCCCAUGGCAACACAAUCGUUUUGACUGUAGUGGGCCGGUUUUCGAAGGUGGCACAUUUUACUCCCCUCCCCAAAUUACCUUCAGCAAGGGAGACAGUGGUAGCAGUCAUUAACCAUGUUUUCCGCAUUCAUGGCUUCCUGGUUGAUGUGGUUUCUGACAGAGGCCCCCAAUUUGUGUCAUGUUUUUGGGCAGAAUUUUGUCGACAGCUGAGGACUACUGUAAGUUUAUCUUCUGGGUUUCAUCCCCAGACAAAUGGUCAAGCAGAGCGGGCGAAUCAGGAGCUGGAAAAGGCCCUGCGCUGUUUGGCCUCCCGUAAUCCUUCUUCUUGGAGUGAUCGUUUAGUCUGGGUCGAGUACGCCCACGACUCCUUGCACUAAAAAAAGAAAAUUUUAUCCAGAGCUGGGGCAGAAUGCAGUGGAGACAGGACCAACCGGACCGGGUAGGGAUGAACAGCACAGGAAACUAGACCGACAGACUGACUGAUUAGAAUGAACAAACAAAUACACAGGACUGACUGGAAAACUUGACUGGAAACAAGACGAACUGGCACUGGGUAGCAAACACAAGGAGACUAAAAUAGGGAGAGAAAUCAACAAGUUAACAAGACCAGGUAGGUGUGACUAAUAAACUAAUAAUGUGCAAACAAGGAGGUGGGGUAUGACAUAAGACUGAGAGACACGCAGCCAUACAGAAACAAAACAAAGCCACGUGCUCUCACAAGACAACAAAAGACCCGAAUGGCACAUCGCCAAGACAAUAAGGCAAUAUACGCCCAUGCCAACCGACAAACAAGAUGAGAGAAUGCGUAGCAAUGCCAAAUAUAGCGAUGCCACACAUUCUCACACUAAACGAAACCUGAGCGUACAUCGGGAGGCAAACGCCACACGAUGCACGCAACAGGCAACAAAAACAAUACAGGACACCUGUGCGAGAGUUCAGCCACACACAAACCCGAAACCUUAGACCAAAGUGACCGAACCUCAGCACAAUGUGAAGACAGCUCACGACACGGGCGUGCAGGGCAAAGCGAGUACAACGCAUGCCAGUGGUCGUGAGAGACAAACAUAGAUUAUUGAUGUGAGUGCAUGCCACCAAGAUGACAAGCGCAAUGCACUCACGCCAAUACAGAACAAGACAUGGAACGUGAGUGUCCGGAUCCCGACACCAAAACCGAAACUGAACCAGACAGAAGGGUCAGGAUCCAGACACCAUACUCCAGACAUGAAACACGACCGACCGAAAACACAAGACAGACAUGGGAUGAUAAUUAUUGCAUUAAACAGAAGAUCUGAUUAUUCAGAUUGAUAAUUUAUGUCAGUAAAUUGAUUAAUGUUAAAUGUUUGACAUAUGUUGACGCACAGUAUUUUAUUUUAUUCAUGAUAAAAAAAAAAAAUUACAAAAAUGCCCUCGUUAAAGACAAAAAAAUGCUCCUGAAAAUCAAAUGCAGGGUGCCAGUAUAACCCCUUUAACGUUAUUAUAAUUAACUUUAAUGAAAAAGUUAACUCCUGACACUGACUUUGACCCAGAAUCACAUUUGAAGUUUUAUUCACUAAAGUAAAAAGGAAAGCAAUCAAAUGAUUAUAUCAUUGAACAUUUAAAUGAUUAUAUCUUGGCAAGGGUUUGGAUCAGAAUCAUUAUAAUUAUAUCAUUAGAAAGCUGAGACUUUACUUUUUAAUUUAGUGCAUAAAACUAAAAAUGUGUAUCAGGGUCAAGUAACUAAAAUGGAGCAUGCAGGUCACAUCUAAUAGCAUUAAUAACAAAUGCAACAAUAUUAUUAACAAUAUUACUGAAAUAUUCAUAAUGAACAUUGUUUAUUUUAAUUGUGGUUUAAUCAUCUGAAAGUUUAUCAAAUAGUGUGUCAAAAUGCCAAAAUAUAGCAAUGACUAAAAAUUGGUUAUCAGUUAUCGGACGCCUAAACAAAAACAACGAGUAUUUGUCAUAAAAAUGGUAUCAGUUCACCUCUUCAUUACUUUUUCCAUUCGAUGUGCAUUUCUCUUUAGUGGUCAAGUCUUUUGCAUUGGUUUGUGUCCUCUCAGCUUACACAAGAAUUGACGUUCUCAAUGCCCUGUUAUGACACCUAGCUGCUUGUUUAUUCUAAAACAUUCCUCAUAUUCUGGAAUGUUUGUACCAUCCUAAACAUAAACUGAGAGAAGACUAUAAUCAGCUUUCACUUUAUCCAUGUAAGAUUUGGAGAUGGAGAUAAUUUUCAUUCUUGACCAAAGUCACAUUUCUUUUUUUUUCUAAUACUCUCCAUAUUUCUAGUUAGAAGACAAUGUGUUUGUAUAACAUGCAUCAUCUAUAGUUUUUUCAUGCCAUUGGGUUGUGAAAAUCAAAUAAUGUGACAGAUUUAAUAAGCUUCUAUACUCCCCAAUCCAUAACUAAUCACCAUUAAACUAAUGAUCUGAGUGACCUUCAGGAUAUCAUUUAUCCAUGACUCCAGUGAAAGGUGCAGUGAGAAUACGUGUAUCCCAACACGCAAGUCUAACUGUUUACAUAAAUGCUCAACUGUGCUGACCAGAGUCCUUGCCUCCAGUCAGUGUAAUAAGGGAGGCCGUGAAGACAUGGUAUGUUUAUAGUGCCGCUUUCGUAUGGGGUAGGCUGUAUGAAGCAUGGUGCCCUCUUAACAUAAGCUCUUUACUUAAGAUGGUGCUGAUACACACUGUCAUCAGCUGUUCAUUGGUAACCAUUAGUCUUCUCUCAGAACUGUUAAAAUGAUUUUGUUUAAAGGAAUAGUUCACCCAUAAAUUAAAAUUCUGUCACCAUUUACUCACCCUAAUGUUAUCCCAAAACCAUAUGAGUUGAAACAAUAUUCUACUGCUUUGGAACAACAUGACAGAAUUUUAAUUUUUGGGUGAACUAUUCCUUUAAGGUGCUGUAAGUAGCUAUAGAUAGACACUUGAGGGAGAACUUCAGUUGAGAGUCAUCAGGGGCGUUUAGUCCAGUGGACCAUGUUGAUGAUUAUGGCGAUAAUAGCUCUCUCACAGGCUAUGGGCGCACUAAUGCGGCCUCUGUCACUGCAACUUACAUAAUGAAUCCUGCAGUCUGCAGUUGAUAGCACAGGCAUUUCAAUGCAGAGAAACAAUGCUCACAGGAAAACUCCGGAAAGGGGGAGCACUGAAGGAGAAACAGAAGCUCUGUUGCAAAACCUAGUUAAAACCUAGAGUUGCUUCACUGCCUACUGUCUACAUAACCUGCUGAAAAGAAAAACAGCAUAGCUGGUCAGCAGCAUAUGUUGGUUUUGAAUCCUGGUCCUCAACAUGGGAUGCUAGUGUGCUGGUGUUCCAAUAAGGCCUUUGGACAACCUUAACCAAGACUUCCUUGGUAAACCAGCAUUACUAGAAAAAAACAUAAUGGUUGACCAGGUUCACUAGCCACAUUUUUCUGGAGAACAGCAUGGCUAUGCUGGUCAGCCUCCUAGAUCAGCAAAAAAAUCUGCACUAUCCAGCCUAGAUCAGCAUGGGAAUUGCAUGCUAGUUAAACUGAUCUUUUCAGCAGGGUAGGCAGCUGCCUUUAAGGCAGCAUCCUUACUGUCAUGGAACCUCAUAAGUGACUGAUUUGGAAGUCUCUAUAUAAGCAGCAACUCCAUGCGCCACAUAAAUAGCUUACUGUAUGGGAGACUUAACUCACGAUUGAUUCCUAUAUGCGAUAGCAUGUUGCCAAGCUAAUGCUGUCAUACUCUAAUAAGAAUAACAACACAUUCCUGUAGCAUAUACAAAGAUUGGGUAUUAUAAUCAGUAUUGAAUAAAAUAUUUUACAUUUUUGCUGCCUCCGUAGGCAGUUCACUAAAGUGCUUUUCACACUAUGCGAAACCCUGGGUUAACAUCAUUUUUAACUCUUUAGCAACAUUUCACAUUUGCAAUUAUAAAAUGGGGUUAGCACCACUUUUAACCCUGGGUUAUGUCAAAAAGCAUUGCUUUUAUGGUGAUAACUAGCAAUGCAAAUUUUGGCAAAUUCUUUUAAUUGACUAACCACCCGUAUUAACCGGUUAACCAAUAAGCCAUGAAUCAAACAAGUGACCCAACAGUCAUGGCAAAGGUCUAUACAAAUUAACCUACAUGGUGAUAGUUUUUGGAAGUUUAUCAAUGGAAAAAUAAAAACAGCCAGCCUACCCACAGAUUGUGCUUCUGGGCAAUCCUAAUCGUUUUUGUUUACAAAAAUCAACACAUAUUUACAUGGGCAUGUGUCAGUAUGGUACGCAGCCGGUUGACGACAAGCCCGGCGGCUGAAACCCACUACGAAAUGCGGGGCUGUAAACAUUUGCUCUGAGAUGUCGAGGCUUGUAGAUGUUUGGUUUUUAUUUGGUACCUCAUUGUACUCGUUCAGUUUUAUAACUUGCAUUUGAACAUGUUGUCUUCACGGACGAAAUGGUCUAACAGCGCAUGCUUCAUAUUUCCUUGUCAUUCAGACUGAGAGGAGUAGAGUGGUUUACAGUAGGUGUUAUCAGCGCCCUCAUGUGUACAUAACAUAGCCUACUUGACAAACCCAUCAAGUUACCUCUUUGUUUAUUUAAUUAACCUCUCUUCCAAUAUUUAACCGAUAGUAUUAGUCAAACAAAUUAUUAAUGCCAGUUAAUUGGUUAACCGCCUACAUCCCUAGUGCUAACCCAAAAUUGUGGUCCCAAACUCAUACAGCGUGUGAAUUACUAACCCAGGUUAAAAAAAAUUAACUGUGUGAAGCAUGGAACAAGAUAAUCCGGGGUUAAUAAUGACCCUGGGUAAACCACUUAAAGUGUGAAAAGUCCAUAUGUUUGAGAACAGAGCAAAAGUAAAUAGUGUAGGCCUAGAAAUGUAGAUUUAGAGGCUAUUAAGAUGAACGCAUAAAGGAGAACCAGUGAGAUUAUUCAUAAUUCACUGGUUGAUAUGCGAGAUGCAACUGAUCUCAGAAUCUUUUUUCUCAUGGGCUAUCAAUUUUUUUGUGCUCUCAUUUGUCUUUUUGGAUACGUUUCUCUCAGAGCUUUGCUUUUUAUUAUACCUGCCUGCUCUUUUUCUCUCCUCCUCACUCUCUCAGUCUAAACACUGUAGGUCUUUGUGUCACUAUGUAUGGUUGUAGUACUCUUCUUUGUCCAGCCCAACAUUCCUCACAUACUAUCUGUGUAUCCUCUGGUCCAGAGAAGGGUGAUCUAAUCGAAACAGGAGGCAGUUACAGCGAGAGAAGCCAUGCAGGCUGGCUAAAUCCAGUUUAGCAGAGUCGUCUAAUAGCCUGCUGACCCAAGUACUGUAUCUCUUCUGUCUCUCAAUAUGGAUGUUGGUAGUCAGUUAUAAAAGCCUCUUGAUUGACUAGGGAAUGGGGUGGUUUUUUCCUAUACCAGCUUAAUAUGCAAAGUCAACUAUAAGCUAGCCAAGUUGAUUUGCACAAAAAGUGUAAACACUGUGGCACUAUUAAAACGACAUUGCUGUUUGUUUGAGCAUCCCAAACAGCCAGAGACCGCAACAUUGGCUCAACCAAUGGUGUGAGUUUGGAGCGGGACUAUCUGUUUGGCAGACAAUGGCAGAUGGGGGAGUGUUCAGAAAUCCUGUUUGAAACACUCAGUAUUUUUGCAGUUCCGUUUGGUUAUGCUGUUGCAAAGAAAUUACACCCCUCAGCUUUAAAAACUGCUUAUUAUUGCAAGUGAAGAUUUUGUAGUUCAUAACUCUCAAACACAGACUGUGGGAAAACUGAAUCGUGAAAAGAAGCCAUGACCCCAGAGGCUUAACAGCAUAAAAUACAAGCUUGGUUUGAAGCAUUAUUGGUGUACUGUGGUAUUUGGCAACAAAAAUUGGGCUAUCUUUUCCUAAGCAGGCUCUUUUUCCAUAGUCUGACUAAUGUAUAAGAGAUCACUGUGUUAGAUUCUAAGGUUUCUCCACACUUUUAAGUGGUUUUGGGGGACAUGCAAUUAUUAGUUACAAGAAUAGUUUUGAGGUUUUUGAUAACAAAGGAUAGCCUAUGAAAAUGUGCAGGUAAUUAACACUAGUAGUCUUUAUGAAUAGAAUAAGAUGGAUAUGGUUUAUGCUAAAACUAGGAUUCCUGACCAAAUGUGCCUUCUCUCAGGAUUGGAGACCAGUUCUACAAGGAGGCCAUUGAGCACUGUCGCAGCUACAAUGCCCGUUUGUGUGCAGAGCGCAGCGUACGCAUGCCAUUUCUGGACUCUCAGACAGGUGUUGCUCAGAACAACUGUUACAUCUGGAUGGAGAAGCGUCACCGAGGACCAGGGUUGGCAGCCGGUCAGAUGUACACCUACCCAGCACGUUGUUGGAGAAAGAAGAGGCGACUUCACCAGCCAAUUGACCCUCAGCUUCGCCUUUGUGAACUCCGACUCGAGGCUGAGCUGAUGGCCAAGAGAGAAACCCCGCCCACGGAGGCCACAGCACUGGAGGCACUGUUAAGGGGUGACGGGCUCCUGGACAAGAGGAACAGCAACUCUAAAGAGGAAGAGACAUUGCUGGAAAUCCAGAGGGUGCUUGAGGCAGAUGAAAAUGGGGAUGGUUUCCAUGACGAUGAGGAUUUUGAAGUGGACACACCAAAGAGGAAGCAUCGAAACAAAGGCAGGAGUCGAGGCUCUGGACGGAGGCGGACAGAAGCGGUGGCCAACGACGAUCAGGAUAAGCCCUACGUGUGUGACAAAAGAUACAAACAAAAACAUAACUCAAAAACUACUGACGCAGUUUGUGGAAAGCGUUACAAAAACCGCCCUGGACUAAGCUACCACUACGCCCAUACUCACCUCGCUGAAGAGGAGGGUGAGGAAGAGCGAGAAACUGUAAUACCCCAGUCUCCUCCUGUCCACCCAGAGAACCACAAACCACAGAAAGGGCCUGAUGGCACAAUCAUUCCCAAUGACUACUGUGACUUCUGUCUGGGAGACUCAGGUUCCAACAGGAAGACAGGCCAAGCUGAGGAGCUGGUUUCCUGCUCAGACUGUGGCCGCUCUGGCCACCCUUCAUGCCUACAGUUCACAGACAACAUGAUGCAGGCUGUGCAGACAUAUCGGUGGCAGUGUAUUGAGUGUAAAUCUUGCAGUCUGUGUGGCACCUCAGAGAACGAUGAUCAGCUUCUGUUCUGUGAUGACUGUGAUCGAGGAUAUCACAUGUUCUGCCUCAAGCCUCCCAUGACACAGCCACCUGAGGGAAGUUGGAGUUGUCAUCUGUGUCUUAAUCUUGUGAAGAAAAAGACAUCUAGCAUCGGAGAGCCAUAAACAUUGCGAGGAAGUCCCACAUAGAUGCACGUACACAAGCACAGCAGACUCAGGAUGGAAGUUUAUCUGUUUUCCUCUGUAGUUCUUCUUCUGUUAGUAGUGGAAUAGCCUUCCUCUAACUCUGUGACAAACAAUUUCAACCAAGUCUACGCAAUUGGUGGUAGUCUACCUCGCAAAUAUCCUGCUCGCUAUGAAUCCUAAGGCAGGAUCGAUUGCUCGAAGUUCAGAUAGUCCAACCACGUAGAACUGUAAGCAGCUAUUAGAUGAAAAAUACUGUCUUAAAUAGCAACACCAGCACAACCACUACAUUAUCCCAAUUGAAUGAAGUGAUAAUCAACAACCUAUACAAACAGAAGUGCUUAAGCUAUGAUUCUAAGCUAUUAUUUCUUUUACUGUACUAUGGACAAAGCCAUGAAAUGGCAAAUUCAAAAUAAAAAGCAAUAUUAUGUUGACAGGUUAUUGGCUCGGUUUCUACUGUACAGCUUUAAUAAAAGUAAGCCACGAUCAUUUUCAAAAACUCACAGACUAACUCACAAAACCCUUUCAUACUAUAACAUAGACACACACCAGUGGUACAUAACAGAACCUUUUUGUAUUUCAUUUGAUUUACUUUCUGUUUUUCACUUAGAAUUGUUUUUAAUGUGUCUGUGAAGUAUGUAUUUAAUGCAAAGACAUCUGUUUUGGCGUGCACCAAGAGACUGUUUGCUAUAAAGAGGAUAAUUGUGAGUAGAUGCUUAGUUUUCGAACCGGGAUCAUCAUUCAGGUAGACGCUUAGAGCUUAGAAUCCAAGAAUAAUUGUAAAUGCAAUCUUUAAAUGAAAAAAAUAAAAUAAUAGUUUUGGCAA